UUCUUCAUUACUCAGUGGGCGCGGCGCGGCAGCAUGUGCCCAUCACUGCUCUGUUUCUUCUUCCUACCAUUCCGCCCCCACCGAUCCAUCUCUCUCCCCAAACUCCGAUUAAACCUGAACUCUUCUUCAGAUCAUCAGAGGAAUCAGAUCAUGGCCAGGAAGCUGCUCCUCCCGUUCUUAUUAUUCCUCUCCCUCAGCAGCUGGUUGGCGUCGGCCGACAGGUUCACCGUCGGCGACAGCCAGGCGUGGAACCCCAACGUCAACUACACCGCCUGGGUCGACAAGCACAAGCCCUUCCAUGUCGGAGACUGGCUCGUGUUCUACUACCAGCCGGGAAUGGCGGACGUGGUCCAGGUGGACGAGGCCGGGUACAACAACUGCGACGCCUCCAGCUCCAUCUCCAACUACAGCAAAGGCCGGAGCUACGCCUUCCAGCUCAACCACACCGGCGAUUACUACUUCAUCUGCAGCCGCGGAUUCUGCUACGGCGGCAUGCGCCUCGCCAUCGUCUCCCAGCCGCUCCCGCCGCCCUCCCCGCCGCCCUCCCCGCCGCCCUCCUCCCCCACCUUGUUAUGUUCCCGGGAGCCUUCAAAGUUAUCUCGUCUUUCCUUUUCAAUUUUAACCAAUUGAAUUACAUGUAACAAUUGUUAGAUAUAUGUGAAUGGAGAACAAGUGGAAGAGAAUAAAAGUUCUAUUAUGAAUGA